AUGGGCUACACCGACGUUGACCAGUUGGCCAUCAACACGAUCCGUGUUCUCGCGAUCGAUGCCACCUCCAAGGCCAACUCCGGUCACCCCGGUGCUCCUAUGGGCUUGGCCCCCGCCGCCCACGUGCUGUUCAACAAAUUCCUGAACUUCAACCCCAAGAACCCCAACUGGGCUAACCGGGAUCGAUUCGUCCUCUCGAACGGUCACGGAUGCAUGCUGCAAUACGCUCUGCUCCACCUCUACGGAUAUGCCGUCACCCUCGAUGACCUCAAGGCCUUCCGUCAAAUCGGCAGUAUCACCCCUGGUCACCCCGAGGCCCAUGACACCCCCGGUAUCGAAGUCACCACCGGCCCUCUCGGCCAGGGUAUCGCCAACGCCGUUGGUCUUGCCAUCGCCCAGGCUCACUCCGGUGCCGUGUUCAACAAGCCAGGAUACGAGCUGCUCAACAACUACACAUACUGCAUCUUCGGUGAUGGUUGCGCCCAGGAAGGUGUCGCCAGUGAAGCUGCCAGCGCUGCCGGUCACUUGAAGCUCGGCAACCUCAUCGCAAUCUACGAUGACAACCACAUUUCUAUCGAUGGUGACACCAAGGUCUCUUUCACCGAGGAUGUCUUGAAGCGUUUCGAGGCCUACGGCUGGCACACUCUCGACGUCAAGGACGGUGACCACGACCUCCAGGGUAUUGAGGAUGCCAUCCGCAAGGCCAAGGAGGUCACAGACAAGCCCACCGUCAUCAAGGUGACUACCACCAUCGGUUUCGGUUCCAAGCUCCAGGGUACCGGCGGUGUUCACGGUAACCCCCUCAAGGCCGACGAUGCCGAGAGUGUCAAGAAGGCCUUUGGCUUCGACCCCGCUCAGAGCUUCGUUGUUCCCCAGUCAGUCUAUGACCUAUACAACAAGAAGGCUGCCGAGGGUGCCGCCAAGGAGCAGGAGUGGAACAGCCUCCUUCAAAAGUACGCCUCCGAGUUCAAGGCUGAGCACGCUGACUUGACCCGUCGUCUGUCCGGCAAGCUUCCCGAGGGCUGGGAGAAGAGCCUCCCCACUUACAAGCCAACCGAUGCUGCUAUUGCCUCUCGUAAAUUGUCCGAGGCUGUUUUGGAGAAGAUCCACAGUGUUAUCCCCGAGUUGUUGUCCGGAUCUGCUGAUUUGACCGGCUCUAACAACACUCGCUGGAAGAACGCUGUUGACUUCCAGCCUCCCGAGUACGGCAUUGGUGAAUACUCUGGCCGUUACCUUCGCUACGGUGUGCGUGAGCACGGUAUGGGUGCCAUAAUGAACGGUCUCGCUGCCUACGGUACCGUCAUCCCUGCUGCUGGUACUUUCCUAAACUUUGUCUCGUAUGCUGCCGGUGCCGUCCGUCUGUCCGCCUUGUCUCGGGUUCGCACCAUCUGGGUUGCCACUCACGACUCGAUUGGUCUUGGUGAGGACGGUCCUACUCACCAGCCUGUUGAGACCCUGGCACACUUCCGUGCUCUCCCUAACAUCAUGGUCUGGCGUCCUGCCGACGGUAACGAGACUAGCGCUGCCUACUACUCGGCUCUCACCUCCGUCCACACCUCCAGCAUCCUCGCCCUCACCCGUCAGAACCUUCCUCAGCUCCAGAACUCGUCCAUCGAGGCUGGUCUCAAGGGUGGUUACGUCGCCGUCGACGCCGACAAUGCCGCUGUUACCAUCGUCUCCACUGGUUCCGAGGUCAGCAUUGCCAUUGACGCUGCCCAAUACCUCAAGGACAAGCACAACGUCGCUGCUCGCGUUGUGUCUAUUCCUUGCUUCGAGGUGUUUGACGCUCAGACCAAGGAAUACCGUCUGUCCGUUCUCCCUGACGGCAUCCCCGUUCUUUCCGUCGAGGCUGCUACCACCAUGGGCUGGGAGCGCUACUCGCACGAGCAAUUCGGUCUCAACCGAUUCGGUGCUUCUGGACCAUACAAGGAGGUCUACGCGAAAUUCGAGUUCACCCCUGAGGGAAUCAGCAAGCGUGCUCUCGCGACCAUUGACUUUUACAAGGGCCUCAAGCCUCGUUCUCCUAUUAACCGCGCUUUCCAACAGCUUAUUUAA